GAAUACAGGGAAGCUUUUCUUCAUUUUGAUAAGGACUGCAGUGGCUUUAUUACCACAAAGGAGUUGGGAAAUGUCAUGCGCUCCCUGGGCGAGAACCCGCGCGAGGAGGACUUACAAAUGAUGAUCAACAGCGUGGACAUUGAUGGCAAGUAAAGCAGAAUCUCCGUUGUGAAAUGCUAUGUCGACACUGUCCGGAUAGCUUUUUGUCCCGACAUGAAAAGCUAUCCUGGUAUAGUCGAACGACAACGGGACAGAACUAGAGCAAGUCAUUCACGCACAUCGAACAUCGUAUCGGAGUGGUUGGCAGUGGUUUGGUGAACUAACCCCGAUACUCACUUUUGAUCAGUAUUUAUUGUUAUCAGUAUUUACUUCCGUCACAGUGGGUCCACUCCUCGCUUCGGGACGGUCCGAACCCUAUCCGGUAUGAUUUUCGUGUCGGCGCAAGAACUCUCCGGUGUAGAGCGUUUUCACUCACGUGUUCAGCAGCUAUGCAAAUUUAUUGGAACAAAAGAAAGCUUUUCUGUUGGUUUGGAACACCAACAUGGCCGCCGUUUCAUUGUUUUGGAACACCAAUAUGGUGGACUUAACGUCACGUGAAAACGCUCUAGAGUUUAAACUCAGCCUAAAGGAGGUCUCUGUUAAGAGCUUGGGGAAAGUACCUCACUAUUCAAUCACAAUAUAGUUUGAGCCAAAGUUUUUAAAAAUAAUAUAAAGUGCAUUGGUUAGGAAAUCAGUGAGAUUUCUAUGUUGUAGGUUUUUGUAGCUUUAUGUUGUAGGGAUUUUUGGACUUGACCUUGCACUGUGCACCAUGUACUGGCCUAUAAAAACUACCCAUUGAAAAAUGCAGGCACGAUGUGUGAACCAAAGACAAAAGAUUAUGCUCGGUCAAGGAAUUCCCAACAUAAACUGCAUCGCCAUUAUUUUUUUCUUUGGUUUUUGCUGGCUUUCAUAACCAUUCUCCUCUAUUAACUGUUUAGGGAUUAUGAGGCCACUAAGGGUUAUUAAAUUGCCAGUAAUAACUUAGUUAGGAACAAAAGUCAAUAAUGGACUCCUGGGUGCCUUGUCUUCCUAGAUUAGGUUCGUGCGUUCCGGAACGCCAAGACGACAACGUCAGUGGUUGCCGUCUCCGCGUUCCGGAGCGCACGAACCUAAUCUACGGAGACAAGGCAUCCAGGGGUCUAUUACUGAUUUUUGUUCCUUGCCAAGUUAUUGGCAAUUUAAUAACUCGCCUUUUCGCUUAAUUACAAGUUCAAACGUCUGUGGUAUGGAAACCUAAAAUUUUCUAUGUAGAAUUACAUGGCCAAAUUACUAAGCCCUUAUUUAACGCCAAGGGUUGUUCGAUUUGUCUCAGGUAAUGGGCAGAUGGAUUUCGGGGAAUUUGUUAAACUAAUGGUGGCGAAGAACCAGUUUUCCUUUAACGAAGACGAAGCAUUGGAAGCGUUCAGGAUAUUUGAUCGCGAUGAUCGAGGUUACAUUAUGUCCACUGAACUACGGAGCAUCUUCCAAAUUCUGGAGGAAAAAAUUCCCGAGGAAGACAUCAGUGAAAUGCUACAGGAUCAGAAGCACCAGUUUAACAGAAAAAUUACUUUCGAUGGUGAGUAAAAAAAAACAAAUCAGUGUUUUGUUGUGUUUUUUUCUUUGAUUAUACUAACGCGCCACGUGACGGAAUUCGAAACAGUCUUGGAUUCUGGAUUCCACGCCGUGGAUUCCGGAUUUUAGGUCCUGGAUUCCGGAUUCUUUGUCAGUGGAACUUAGAUUCCGGAUUCCAAGCAUUAGUGGGAUUCCGAAUUCUUUGAACUGUAUUCUGGAUUCCAAAGCCCUGGAUUCCGGAUGCUGCGGCAAAAAUUUUCUGGAUUCCGGAUCCCACAAGCAAAAAUGUCCCGGAUUCCGGAAUACAGUUUCCCUUAUAUGGGGCGAAUACUAGUUGGGUGAUUCAGGCCAAGAGAUUCACGGGUUAUCUCAUUUUUAGUAGCAGUAGAAAUUGACCUGGCUGUAGAAAUAUCAUUAGUCAAUCCAUCUUAGCGUUUCUCUCAGCCAGUCUGUUACUUUUACCCAUUUAUAUACCUUACGUGAAAAACGUGUUUCAUCGCCCGGCCAGAAUGCUGCAACAUAUCCGGGAUAUUUGUGUUGCUCGUAGCACUGAAUUUGAAAAGCUUAGGAUCUACGAAGAGUAACAGGUAAAAAAUAGCUAGAAAAUAGCUAGCCUGUUCGUACUUAGAGCAAUUAUUUGAGUACUGAUGGUUGCUUAUUUAAGGGCGGGAUAAGACUCUUUCUUGUGGAUUCAUGGUGGGCCUGGAUUUAAAUCGCUUUUAAGAAAUGCCAAAUGUCAGAAGUGAGACUGAGACCAACAUUAACUUAGGCAAAAGACGUAUUUGAGUGACUCACGUAAACUGGAUGUGAAUCGUUUUCCAUUUUAAAACGCCUUGAAGCUACCAGAUUUGAACUGUUAAGUGCGUUUACUCUCAGAGAGACGAUUUUCCCGAAAUUUUGGGCAAAUCCAAAACCCAAGAUUGCAAAAAGUCCACUUCUAGCACGGAAGUCACCGGGCUUACUCUGCUUUGAGUUCUUUGACAACAUACCUGCAUAAAUCGUGCUUUAGUAAAUGAAAAUAAAAAGAGGAACUUCAAGGGUAAAAAAAGCAAGACAUUAAAGGGAAUCUGUCGCGGUUGUCUGGUUCAUUUUGCCAAUACCGUAGGAUCCCGGUAACUCCAACUCCGCGCUAACUCGAACUAAGUCCAAUUUCCCUUGAAUUUGACCCUCCUAUUCAGUCACUUUUACUCGAACUUUCAAAAUUUACCUAGUCCUUACAACUCAUGAUGAAUGCCAACCCGUUAGCUUUUCUUGUCGUGCAAAAACCCCUAAAACUAAAAAGCCAUUUGUUUUUAAUAAGUGCAACAAAUAGAUCACGUACAUGUAUUUAACAGUCAUUUUCCUGUAUAAUCAUAAAAAUGCGUAAUCGUGUUACAAUUUCUGAUCAGAUAAAUUUGAUUUGCACUCUGCUGUAUAUUUAAGUGCUGAAAUGUUAGUAAACUAUCAAUAUUAACAAGCCGCAAAUUGAAGAUUCAAUCGACCCCGGUAACUCGAACGUAACCCCUGCUAACUCGAGCUGUUUCAGUGGCGGAUGCAGACCUUCCGAAAAGGAGGGGGGCGGUCAUCCAGACCCUGAGAUAAGGGGGAGGGGGGAGGCCCGGUCUCAAAAUUGUGGUUUUUUUUGGUCCUUCGAGCCUCAGUUUGGUCUAAAAAUAAGGCGAGGGCCCCUCCCCUGGAUCUGCUACUGUGUUUUUCGUUUCCCUUCAGAGUUCGAGUUAGCGGGGUUCUUCUGACAGUAUUGCCAAUUUACACGUCCUUAUUGGGAAUGGAACUUAACAUAAGCGACGAAAGGAAUUACCGGCAAACUUACAAAAUCACAGCUUCAUGUCAAACUGAAUAUGUCUCCCAAGAAUUUACUCAGACGUUAUUGCAGACAACAAAAAUAAACUAAGGCUAACAAGUUUUCAAAAACCACAAUUUUCAGUUCGUUAUCAUCUUCUUCAAUGUUGUCCAUCCCUGCCUCCUUUUCUAUUCGUUGUGUUUUUUAUACCUUCUAUUAAUGUUUUCAGGUGAAAUUUUUAUGUUUGAAAUUUGAUGAAGUUCGUGACCCAGCUCCUUUUAAAGACAUGUAUUAUUUCUUUCUUUUAAGAUUUUUUUCAAAUGACGAAGGAAGGAGUUUGUCCAAAGGAAUCCAAACAGAAAGAUCACUCACCACGUACCACUGGAAAAUAUGCCCGAAGGAGACAAAAGUUCUACAUUUACAGUUGAACGCCGUUCAAGUGAUGUUUAAGAACACUAGCCCAUCUCAUUGGAGUGUCCAUCGGGAGUGGGCUGAGGGGGGGAAGGGGAGUUGAGGGAGUGUCAGAGCGUGUUAGGCUUUCAUUCUAUUUUUAGAUUCUUUUGCAACGUAAUUCAUUGUGUUCACAAACGUCCGCACAAUUCAUGUGGCGGUUGAACUUCGCGUUAGAGGCACCUCGAUCCUCACUACCCGCAACGUUCUUUCGUCGGACUGUUGGAAACUCCACUCUACUCUGAAUGGGUGAGAGCUUUUUUAAGCGGAAAUUACUGAUUUAUAAAUAGAUAACAUUUAAUUAUACCAGGCUGUAAACCAGGCCUUAUACUAGAGGUGGAGUCUCCGAGAUGAUGGGUUCAUUGUAUGAACCUUUAAGGAGAGUGACCAGUGGUGCAACUCAAAGCUUGUAAGAGAUGUUGUGAAAUAAAAUAAAAUAAAUAAAUAAGUUUUUGCUGUCAGGUGCUUUUGUCGUUUCUUCUAUUUCCUAAAUACCAACAGUAGACAUCACCUUGUACUUGGUACCAGAGAUAAGACUUCGAAUGUCAUGGAAAAAACGUACGGUUAAUGCAUUUUAAACGAAAGUUUGUAAGUCUCUCGAAAUUUUUUGCACUUGCAAAUGCGAAAAUUUUUUAAGCACUUCUCGUUCCUUCGCUCCAUCGGAUACUUCAUACACCCCGUGUUAAGCAACAGCUGUUGAACGUUAUGACGACCUGUAGCAGAUACAGAGGAUAACGGGAAAGAAAAGGCAAAUGCCGGCAAUUCGAGCCGCUGAGUGAUAAUUAUCAGUAAAACGGGCGACCUCAGUACCCCCUCCCACCUCCAAAAAUGUUGAAUUUGGAGCAGAAUGGUUAGAAAUGAGUACUUCCUUGGGCGAAACAUUGCUGGGAAGGCGAAGAGAGGAGAUGAAGUGAUGAUCUGGCCAAAACCAAGCAAAAAUUGUCAUUAGGAGCAAAGUCGCACGUAACAAGUAUUUGGAACGGUUUCCCAAGUUCUUUUGACCUCUAUUGUAGUAGAACUGAGGCAGGUCUCCUUUCUAGAAAACCCAUUUUCACCUGACUUUCAACAGUGGCGAGUCCAAAUCUUGAGGUGAAGAUGGGGGAGGGGUGGCGAUCAUCCAGAACUUAGGAUAAGGAGGAAAGGCCGCGCUGAAAAAGGUCUUUCUCGGCCCUGUCCACCUACAAUGUGGUCGGUAGGGAGCGUUCCUACCUUCGUUCCCCCACUGAAAACGAAGAAAUCGUACGAGCAUUUAACACCGGAUUUGAGAUGAUUGUUGAAAAUGUAUAUCAACCCCAGCUCAUAGCUUAGUCAAAAAAAACCGAUUCAGUGCAAUAAAUGUUUCAGUUUUUAUCACACGGAAACAACUACUUCAAAUAAACCGAAAUGUCAAUCAAACUUCGGACUUAGUACCGGAGCCCUAAAUGUGAGGCUGAGUUUGAACUUGUUUUGAUAUAAACCUCCUCUGCUUUGUUAUGGAAAUUGCCUUUGAAAAAUACUAGUUAGCAAAAAAAUAACAUGAUUUACAUAGUAAAGCAGGAAGGUUUGUAUAAAAACAAGGUCAAAUCCAGCCUCGCUUCUAUCCAUAACUGUAAAAUGGCCUAAUCGGGCCGCCAAUUUUCGAUUCUGCCAUCACUCCAUUAUUUAACUUUGGUAAAGGAACAGCUAGAAACAGCUAAUUUGACAUCUCUAUAUACCGGAAUUUAGUGACUUGGACUUGAACCUCCUCAGUGGAGGCGAGGCUAUUCUAAAAUUAACUUUAUUUUGAUAAAAACUAUAUCAGCCAUUCAUAUGUAAAAUAUGUUGAUCAGAAUAAGAAACAAACACAAAGCAUGUCAAGAACAACACAAAUAUCAUGGAAAUUUUAAUAUGGCAGGAAAGGUUACAUUUAUUGAGGAAGGGUAAAUUUAACCUUUGAUUGCCUUUGAAGCUAAGUCUUCAAGGCACUCAAAACGGUUCAACUCGAAAAUAUUCAUUGCCUUGCACGAAAGCGGCCAAUGUAUUUCCUCAUGCCUGCAUGAAAUCAUGUGCUUGAUUUGAGGACACACCCAAUACCACGUGGCGUCUUUUAAACUGAGGUUAUUUUUCAUUUGCUGCAAGUCGAUCGCGGAGCAAAAACAACUCAUCAUGGCCAAUAAGAUGUGGAGUCGUGCCAAGAAUAUUUUCAAACAAACAAACAAACAAAACACCAUUGGUGCGGUGAUUUGUGUUUUGCGCCGGACAAACUCUCCUGUAAGCUUACGCGCAUGAAAUCACGUUUAUGAGAUCGCUGUUUGAUUUGAGGACCCACCCAAUUUACCUGGGCAAUAAAAAGCGGCGUCUUUUAAACUCAGGUUAUUUUCGAUUCAUUCGCUGUAAUUCGAGCACCGAGCAAAAGCAACUCAUCAUGGUCAGUAAGAUGUGGAGUCGUGUGAAGAAUAUUUUCAAACGAAAAGAAAGCAACUAUUGGAGCAGAGACAUGUUUUCAAUUCCUUGUCCUGAAGGAGUAUACAUUUUCACAGAACUGUCCAGUGGACUUGGACGAAGGUUACCUUGUUACAACACCGACCAGUAUGCCAUAAUUGAAAGAGAGGAAAUCUCUCUUAAUCUCUCUUAUCAGCAAGAUGAUGGAGCUGAAGAAAAAACUGGAACGGCAAUCCAAGCGAGCUUGAUUCUGGAGGAGCUUAGGAAGAAAUCUCCACCGGGAUUUAAACAGUUCGAGGCCGCUAUUGGAUCAAAAGGACUGGACGCACAAACAGCGCUUCAGUUGUGGGAGGACAUAUUUAAACCUUGAACAGUUUUAAAUUGUUAUCUCUCUAUUUCUGAGUACAAUUACUUUUUUAAUAUACAAAAGUCAAGGCAGAGUACUGAUGUAAACUCUUAGGCCUGAUUUGCAGCAUAGAUAUAUAUCUGUAUGAAUUCGUUAAAACGUGGCCACUAUGUUUUCGCCUGACGCGGCUCCAGGCCAGUGCGGUCUCCAAAAAUUGAGAGUGCUUGGCGUCUUGGUCGGCACAGGCGGAUAGCCUAGGGACUGCCCUAACAGUGUAUGGGUGGCCCAGGCCUAGGGGGAGAGGGGGGCAGAACCAGUGAUGUAGGAGGGGGUUAUUUUGACACAACCCCUUCAGUAGGGGGCAGUGUUUACUAGAAGCUUUGACUGGCCACCUGCGUAGCAUGUACUACUGAGCGGCGAAUCCGCGAGAAAAAUAAAUCUGCCCUCGCCCGCCUUUAUUAAUUUGCGCGGUUAACCAAAAUUGCCAUGCUACGGAGGCUAUUGACUGGCAAGUACCCUGUUUCUACUUUGCCCGAGCCAGCUCAAUCAGGCCUCUACUGACAAUAAUUAUCAUGAUAAUUGCAGAGCUCAGGGGGAGGCGAAGACAAUUACCCAGUGUCCUGGGUGGGGAGGGUCUUCUAUCAAAGGCAUUGAUUUCUUUCUUUUCUUUUUUUUUUUCUCUCAUUUGUAAUUUUAUUCUUACGUUACUAUACACAGUGUAAAUAUCAUAUACAAGUGUGAAUAAACUGAACUGAACUGAACUGAACUGAACUGAACUGAACUGAACUAUUAGAGAUUGACGUUAGAUUGUUUUCCAUUGUGAAUGACGUACGUACUACCUUACUGGUCUCGCUUUCAGCAAAUUAACAUUUCCUGUUUUCAGAGAAGAAAGGAAGGCCGGCAAGGGUGUGGGGGCUGUCACCACAGGCGGCUGCUUACGAAAGGUAGAGUAUUAAUUGGGAAAAACUUUUGGUGUUUUGGGUGGGGGGUGGUCGUUUCUGGGCGAGGUGGUAGCCAACAAGAGGUUAUAGAGUUUUGACUGGCCAAAUUUUGAUGUUUUGGACAAUUAGUAGGCUCGAUUAGAAACCGCUGUUCGGGAAAUGAGCCAACAUCCCUACAGAAAUCUAGCCUGGACAACUGGUCGCUUCUGGGAGGAGGUUGCUUACGAAAGGUGGUCGCACGUGAAGGUACGAAAGUAUUAAUAAUCAGUUACUUGCUUAGUCCGGCGGCUUAGCUAGAAAACUAUGCGAUUUUUGAUACAAGCGCCAAACUUUGUAGGAAUAUUUACAUGCCCAGGCUGGUCAUUUCCUGAUAUAGUGCCAAGUUGAAUUUUCUAAUUCUAGCUAAUUAGCAGCGAAUGAAAUUUCUAGACCCGGAACGAGACCCCCCGCAAAGUUAUUUUUCUUGCUCUUUUUUUUUUAGGUAUAAGUGCCCAUAACGGAUUUUUAUUAUUUUUUCCUCCAAAUCUACAUAUCAAGCAAAGACGUUCCCCAGACGAAUUUUUUGAUUCCGACGAAAAGCGAUUUUUUUGUGAUUUUUUUUUUAAGUCUUCUAAAUUUGCCGCCAUUUUGUUUCACCAUUCGCAGUAAUCUCCUCUCGGUUGGACUGUAGCCGUGACGUAGGUUCAAGAACUCUUAUUCCUUACAAGCCAAGUGAUUUGGUUGUAUCUUUCUCUAUCGUGGAAAAUUUAUCGUGGAAAAUGGCUGAGAGAUGUGUUGCAGCACGUUGCACUAACGUAGCUGACCCUAAGAAGAAUAUUUCGAUGCAUAAGAUUCUAUUCUUUGGCGAGGAACCGAUAAAGAAGAAAAGAAGAAAGAGGUGGAUCAAUUUCGUGUUGGAAAAGUGAAAGAUGUGGGUCCGGGGAAGACGUUUUAUUUCAAAAUACAGGUACAACAAUACAGAUCAUGUUUAAAUUUGGAUGCGAAUAGUUAUUGUUAUUUUCCUCUCUUCAUAUAUAUAUAAAUGCAGGCCAUAUUUUGGAAUUUAUCUGCAUUUGCUUUUUCUCUCUUUUCUCUUGGUUGAGUUGGUCCGAUGGUAAGAGUUUGUGCUAUCUCAUUCUAAAUAUGUAUGCGAGUCGGUUUAGCUAGAAAAUAUAACUAUUCUAGUCAUAUAAAAGAGAAAACCGUCGGUUUAAAAAAAGGAAGUAAGAAAUAGGUUAAUUUGAAGACGGCGGAAACAGGUCGCUGCCUCAAGCAAUUGACUGGUAACGAGGUGUUAUUUGCCAGAAGGAAACAACUGAAAACCCUCAGUGUCCUGUUUACUUGAAACGGCACGACUCUUGUGCUGGAUACCUAAUUUUUGAACAAGACUUAACUUCAUUUUAUGAGACGGGGGAAUUAAAUUUAGCAGUUGACUACGGCGGGAAAUGUUUUGAAUGGGAAAUGGAAUUCGGCUCCUAUAUUAUCAAGUCGUUUCCUAUGUGGCAAAGAUCUCUUCGAGAUACGUUCACGAACUGGACGAAACCGGAUCGCAUAAUGAAAAGAAAAAUUUCUGUGACUAAUCCACAGCAUCAAACGUACACGGUCAAGAAUGCGUCUGUUUGCACGUGGGAAAAAUAGACAUUAAUUAAAAUGAUAGUCCAUGAAGCUGAUGCGGUAGAAAAUGUUUACUAGUCAACCAUGAUUCGAAAUCUCGCGCUUUUUUUCGCUCCAUUUCCCUUGUAUCUUGCAGCUUUGAACAGGCUUAUUUAUACUUGAAGGAAUUUUGAGUGUCCUGUGUGACAGGAAAUAUCCUACCCACACUCUUUGCAAAGGCCUUUGGUCCAUCUGACUCGACGUUUCUCCUCCCUGUCCUCCGUGCCCUAACAGUGUGUGAUACACCUUCCUCCUCCGCUGGUCAUAGAAUUGACAUCGAAUGGAAGCAUCGUUAUUAUUAAAAUAAUGAAGAAAAAUAAGGGUCACCGUGCUUGUAUUUGCGGUAGAGCUGCAGAUAGUGCGUACCACCUGCAUUUCUUGCACUUGGAAAUUAGUUUUCCUUUGCUUACCGUUGCCAUGGCAUCGCAUAGUUAAGGUACAAUAGCGUGUUAUAAACAAGAUGUACAGGUUGGUUGACGUAGUGAAACGAUACUACGUCUUGAUAAACUAGGACAAAUAAUUCAUACAUUUUAUAUGAAUUUUAAUAAAUUGGAGUUCUUAUGGAAACCGAUGUAAUUCCGGCUUCGCAAUACAUCUGAAAUUGUUCGUAUUGGUGACUACUAUCAGUGCGCCAAAUUUCAUGCUUGUUUCUAAAAGUGUACAAUUCACUGAAAAUUACUUGCUAAGCCGCCGGACUAUGCCGUCGACGGCCAUAGAUAUGGCGAAUGGUUAUGAAAUACAAACUCGAGUUCGAGCUCACGUGGAAUGAUCGCGUGCUUGAUUUGAGAACUUUUCAAUUAAAAUUUCAAGGUACGUUUUUGUUAAUUCUUUUGUUCAUAACAUUGUGUUAUACAAGUCAAAAUACUAUGACCACGCACUUGAUGUGAGGACUCGCCUUUCUUAGCAAGAAAAUGGUGAGAUUUAGAAUCACGUUUACUGCAAAUGGCAAAAGAGAUUACAGUUGACAAUUUCUUAUAUUUAUAGGAAAUGAGCGGAUAAAAACUGCCCAAAAUUACUCUUAAAGAUGAACCUGAAAUCAAAUUACUUAUUUUUGUUUACAUAUAAUGAAAAUCAACAGUCGCAGACAGGGAAAGGGAAAAAUUUGCUCAUUCUAAAUCUGUCCAACACCAGGUGCCUUGUAAACUAAAUUUGUGUUUCGUUUGCAGCCUUCAUUAAUUGAUCAUGAAAGAAAGAACAAGUUUCCUUGUGAAGUGUAACUGAAAAUAAUGGUGUUAAAGUGCGAAAAAAAAACUUUUAAACGAAAAACAAACUAACAGAACGGGAGAUAUGCGUUUUGCGUAUUAGAAACUCUGGUGUAAGCUCACGUGCAAGCAUGAGAUCACGUGGUGGUAUUUGAUUUGAGAAGACACCUAUUUUAGCAAGGAAAUACGACGCAAACUGAAGGUGUUUUUCACUUGCUAUCAAUUGAUCAAAGUUCGAAGAACAGCGCACCUGGACACCUCGAUGAGUAAGAUGUGGAGUUUUCUGAGGAAAAUUUUCAGACGAAAAAGAGAGCAACUAUUGGAGCAGAGACAUGCUGUCAUGGCCUUGUCCUGAAGAAGUGAACAUUUGCACAGAACUGUUACGGCAGCAAACCGGGAAGGCAUUUUGCUCGUAACUUAGCCGAGUUUGGCGUCGCUCGCUCGGAGGAACUAGAGGUGAAUCAGUGAAUAGUGCAGAUUAGUAAAACCCAACUUGGUUGAACUACUACUAGGCUAUAUGUUAUAGCCUACUAGUAGCGAAAAGUGCCAGCUUUGAAAUCCAAAAAACUGGCGGCUGAAUCGCGUUUUGCUAGCUAAAGUUGUUUUGUCUCGAUAUUUUUGACCAACUAGUUGGAUUUUACUAAAACAAUUAUUCCUCUCGCCCUCAUGGCCUCUUAGUAGAGCCCGUUCGGGCUCGAGAAAUAAUUGUUAAAUAUUCACUGAUUGAGUAGCCAAUCAGAGCGCGCGAAAAACACUAUCCACUGUUUUAGUAUAGAAAAUUAUCCGAGAAGGUUCUUUUGAGAACAAAGAAAAAAAAGCCGGGUUAAAAUUUAACCCUAGGUUAGGCUAACCAGGGUUCGAACAACGGCCCUGGGGCCUGUUUCUCGAAAGGUCCGGUAACUUCUUCCGGCCCGAUGGCAAAUUUUAAAAUAAAAACCUGUUGAAUAGUAGCACAGUUCCUAGCUCACAAACGUAAAACCGGUCAAUGUUGCUUCGUUUACUGAUAGUUUCAUUGUAUCAUUAUCAAAAUUAUAAAACUUUGAUCAUGAAUGCAAACGCAGCAAGCAUAAAACAGCUUUUCGGCCCGAAAAGUUAUCGACAAUUUCGAGAAACGAGCCCCUGGUCGCUUAUGGGAGGUGACUGCUUACGAAAGGUAAUCACAGGUGGAGGUUCGACUGUUAAUAAUCAGUUGCCCUCCACAGAAAUGGCGAACGAUUAUCACAUGCAGUCAUGCUCGAGCUCACGUGGAAUGAUCACGACGUUAAUUGAGUUGAGAACUUUCCAGAACUUUUCAGUUAUCAAGUUGAUUAAUUUUUAAGAGACUUUGUUAUGAGUUAAUUACGUUAUAUUCAUAAGUCACAACACUAUGACCACGUGCUUGAUGUGAAGACUCGCUUUUCUUAGCAAGAAAAUGGUGAGAUUUAGAAUCACGUUUACUGCAAAUGGCAAAAGAGAUUACAGUCAACAAUUUCUCAUAUUUAUAGGAAAUGAGCGGAUAAAAACUGCCCAAAAUAAUUCUUAAGGUCCUUAAGGAUGAACCUGAAAUUUAAAUACCUAUUUCUGUUUAGUCAUAAUGAACAGUAGAAAACAAGGAAAGGGAAAAUUUGUUCAGUGGUACAAUUGACCUUUUUAAUUACCAUUUACCGUAAAAUGAUUCUAAAUCGCUCCAAUGCCAGGCAUGCACCUUGUAAUGCUAAUUUAUAGAGUUGUUUUUCAAUUGCAGCAGUAAUUGAUCAUUAAAGAAACAACACGUUUCCUCUUAAAGUAAUUGCAGAAUGAUAAUGGCGGAAAAAUGCGAAGAAAAAUUUAAAACCAAAAACAAGAACUACUACUGUUGGAACUUGUGUUGGAAAGGAGAUAUGUGUUUUUGCGUAGUACAAACCUCGUGUAAUUAAGCUCACGUGUAGGCAGAUCACGUUCUUGACACACCUUUCUUAGCAAGGAAAUAAUAGGCGGCAUUUUUUAAACUGAAGUUGUUUUUCACUUGCAGUCAGUUCAUCAAAGAACGAGCAACAGCGCACCUCGAUCAGUAACUGAAGAUGUGGAGUUUUCUGAGGAAAAUUUUCGAACGAAAGGAAAGCAAAUAUUGGAGCAGAGACAUGUUUUCAUGGCCUUGUCCUGAAGACGUCAACAUUUGCACAGAGCUGUCAGGUGGACUUGGACGAAGGUUACCUUGUUACAGCACCAACCAGCAUAUCAUCAUAGUAAGAGAAGAAAUCUCUUUAAAUCUCGAUAAACGGCAAGAUGAUACGCAUGAAGGAAACUCUGCGUAGCAUGGAACUGGGAACGUACGUCAAGCCAGCUUGAUUCACUGUUGAUUCUGGAACGGAGCCUAAGAAGAACUCUCCACCGGGAUUUAAACAGUUCGAAGACGCUAUUGGAUCAAAAGGACUAGACGACGUACAUCGUUUGACUUGUGGGAGGACAUUUUCAAACAUGAAAAGUCUCUGAAUAUUGUCUGGUAUUUAUACUACAAUCAGAAUCUAAACUUUCCGGUCACUAUAAACCAAGAAAAGCUAUCUUAUUGGCUAUGAAGCCGUCAUUUCAGUGUCAUAUCGUAUCGAAAAGAGUGUGUACUUCUCAGUGUAGUGUUUUUUUUCCCUGUAAUAAAAGUGAAACAGGCUGUAGAGUUAAUAAACUACCUUUUGCUGGGUAAAAACAAAGUAUUAAAACAGUUUUUUUAAAUUUUAAAUUCUGAAAUGUUUUUUUGAGUAAACCCCUAAUUAACGAUUGACGUCAUAAUAUUUUUAAGGGCAGUAAGAGGGCAGUCUGAUUAAAAACAUUGUUUUUUGUUUAAAUCCACCCUUUUUUCUUAAAUAUCCAGCCGAGAUUUCACUCGAUCAAAGAAUGACUCAAUUAGUUUGGAGUUCUUGGCUCAAUAAUUUUUUGAGAACUUUUGCAUGAUUUGUAAAAUAAAUGUUUUUAAUGAACAAGAUUAGUGGGGGGUGGGAGGUUAACAUUUUUGAACGAUUAGAAAAUAUUGCCGAUUUGUGGGUUGUUAAAAACUAAAGUAUGAAUAAAAAGUGAAUAAUUAGUAAGCAAAUACCGGGACCCUGGGAACAAGGCUGGGCUUUUUGUUAGACUCGCUUUUAGUGCAGUUUCCAAUAAAUGCACUUUCAAUUUGAGUGUCAAUGUAUUCAGAACGAAAGUAAUAAUUGGGGACACUAAUUUGUACGUCUCCUACUAGAGACGGGACUGCCAUUUCACGUGGUCAUUCGAGCCACGCGAAGGUCUACCCGUUUACAGGGCAAAGAAAGUACCUUCGUUCCGCGGUUAUUUUAAGACCCUGAGAUAACUGAGCACAAAAAUGAUGAUUUUUAACUCAUUUACUCUUGCCAUCGAUUACAAUUUUGGCGCGCAAUGACCGAACGGCCGAGGUCGUCGCUUUUUCUUGCCGACAAAUAAAACUGUUGAAGGCAUUUGUUUAGCUCAGGAGGAGUUGUGAAUUCUUUUUGUAUUUAAAGUCAUUCUAUAAAAAGAUUAUUAAAUUUAAAGUAAAUAAAGUAACGCAAGACUCGAUAAAUUCAAGUCAAAAAGACAAAGCUUUACCUGUUAAAACUUCCAAACCGAACUUCGUCACCUUCUUCGCGUAUUUUGGGAACAGCUUGCUUUAUUAGUCGUUAAAUUUCUUUGUUUGUUACGGCAGCAAACCGGGAAGGUAUUUUGCUCGAAACUUAGCCGAGUUUGGCGUCGCUCGCUCGGAGGAACUGGAGGUGAAUCAGUGAAUAGUUAACAAUAGGCCAUUUGCACUAAGAGGUCAUGUGACAUAGUUUUCAUGAAAAUGAAAGUUAUAUGAUUUUGCCUUCGAAAAACGAUUAGGGGGUCAUAUCUUAAACAAAAUAAUAGUGAUUCAAACCCGCACCAUUUUCUUAAAAUGAGUAAGUUCCUCGCUGGUCACAUGACCAAAAUGUUAUUUUUAAAAUUAUGAAUUACUUCUUUCUGAACACAAGCUUUCCACUUAAACUUCAAGGAGGAUGUUGAAAAAAUGAUGCGGUAACGUUUACAGCAAAUCUGAGCGUAACUAUCAAACGUUUAACAAGAUAUAAGCAAAAAGUAGUUUUGGCCGCCAUAUUGGAGGGCAAGAAGUAUGCCCUCCAGCAUGGCGGCCAAUACAAAUCAUAAUACUUUGUUGAAAAAUCGAAGUGCCAUAAAAUAUCUCCCUUAAAUGCGUUUCCUCUCAAACUUCGGGUGUAUGCUAAUUUUUAUGUGCUCUGUCAAUUUUUGGCAUCAGCAAGAUUCCAACUCAUUGUUUAAAGGAAGCAUUGGUCACGUGACCUCUUAGUGCAAGUGGCCUAUUAUUCUUUGAAAUCGAGGUAAAUAGUGGCUAAAUAUUUGCCGAGCAGCAAAAGCGGCGAGGUAAAUAUUCCCAAAGCCACUAUUCACCGAGAUUGAAAAGAAUAAUUGUUUUAGUAUAUACACACGAAGUGAUCUCAACAAAAUCAGAGAGGAAACCAUUAAAAAUUACAGUUUGAUUGAAAGAUCAAAUCACGCGUAAGUUUUAAAAUAGAUCUUUGCAGAAUUUUCAAACAUGGCAAUUCACAAGUUUAUCAUUUCGCAAACAACAGCGUAAUGGCUUAAAUGGAACCGCUAAAAGUUUGAACUGUUUCCUUACCUGAGAAGAAAAGUAGAGCUUUGUUGUUUUCUGUUCACUCGCCAAGUUUAUAGCCAAAACGGUUUGAUGUGUCGUUCUUCGCAUGAAGAGCAGACAAAAAUGUCGGCUCGGUUGCUAGAGGUAAUUAAGACGUCGUCUUCCUGUAUCAUUCCUCUUUCCUGUUUACUUGAAACGUAGAAUUUCUGCAAACAUUUCCUUUUAAAUUUGUUUAUCAUAAAUAAACUUCGAUUUUUGAGCCAAAAUUUUCUUGUUAGAAAACGCUGAGUUCACAAAACGGCUUCUUCUACGCGAAUACACGGGAGUUGCAGACAAUCCAUCGAGCACAAAACUCAGCUACAGUAAAUUGAAAAACGCCGUAUUGAAUCCUUCCAAGUCUUUUCUUGCCUUAAAAAAAGUCAGCGCUAGGAUUUUGUCGACUUUUAAAAGAUCGUUCUCUAAAAAAAUGGGAAAAACACCGAGCUCACACAUUAUCCACUCGCUAGGAGGUGAAUAUUGUUGAAUAGUCCGUAGAUUGCUUAAAUCACCAAGAUCACUUAGUGUGUAUAUACUAAUUCAGAAUAUUCACUGAUUGAGUAGCCAAUCAGAACGCGCAAAAAAAACACUAUCCACUGUUUUAGUAUAGAAAAUUAUCCGAGAGGGUGCUUUUGAUAACAAGAUAAAAAAGCCGGGUUAAAAUUUAACCCUGGAUUAGGCUAACCAGCGUUCGAACAACGGGCCCUGGGACCCGUUUCUUGAAAGGUCCGGUAACUUCUUCGGGCCUGGUGGCAAAUUUUAAAAUAAAAACCUGUUGAAUAGUAGCACAGUUCCUAGCCCACUGGAAAAUUCCCAGAAAAAGUGCAAAAUCUAAAAAGGUGGUCCCGUUUUCCCGGUUGGAAUUUCCGAACGGAAUCUCGUGUUCCAUUUACGUUUCUCGUAGUUUGUACCAGUUCCAGGUACCGGGGUUUACGACCAAAUGGAACAACUUUUUACCAAUCGGAAAUUCCACUUUUGCUACCACCGAAAUUUCCGGUUUUUUUUCCUAAAUGGAAAGCGCCCAGAGUCAUGCUCGAGCUCACGUUAAUUGAGUUGAGAACUUUCCAGAACUUUUCAGUUAUCAAGUUGAUUAAUUUUUAAGAGACGUUGUUAUGAGUUAAUUACGUUAUAUUCAUAAGUCAAAACACUAUGACCACGUAGAAUCACGUUUACUGCAAAUGGCAAAAGAGAUUACAGUUGACAAUUUCUCAUAUUUAUAGGAAAUGAGCGGAUAAAAACUGCCCAAAAUAAUUCUUAAGGUCCUUAAGGAUGAACCUGAAAUUUAAAUACCUAUUUCUGUUUAGUCAUAAUGAACAGUAGAAGACAAGGAAAGGGAAAAUUUGUUCAGUGGUACAAUUGACCUUUUUAAUUGCCAUUUACCGUAAAAUGAUUCUAAAUCGCUCCAAUGCCAGGCAUGCACCUUGUAAUGCUAAUUUAUAGAGUUGUUUUUCAAUUGCAGCAGUAAUUGAUCAUUAAAGAAACAACACGUUUCCUCUUAAAGUAGUUGCAGAAUGAUAAUGGCGGAAAAAUGCGAAGAAAAAUUUAAAACCAAAAACAAGAACUACUACUGUUGGAACUUGUGUUGGAAAGGAGAUAUGUGUUUUUGCGUAGUACAAACCUCGUGUAAUUAAGCUCACGUGUAGGCAGAUCACGUUCUUGACACACCUUUCUUAGCAAGGAAAUAAUAGGCGGCAUUUUUUAAACUGAAGUUGUUUUUCACUUGCAGUCAGUUCAUCAAAGAACGAGCAACAGCGCACCUCGAUCAGUAACUGAAGAUGUGGAGUUUUCUGAGGAAAAUUUUCGAACGAAAGGAAAGCAAAUAUUGGAGCAGAGACAUGUUUUCAUGGCCUUGUCCUGAAGACGUCAACAUUUGCACAGAGCUGUCAGGUGGACUUGGACGAAGGUUACCUUGUUACAGCACCAACCAGCAUAUCAUCAUAGUAAGAGAAGAAAUCUCUUUAAAUCUCGAUAAACGGCAAGAUGAUACGCAUGAAGGAAACUCUGCGUAGCAUGGAACUGGGAACGUACGUCAAGCCAGCUUGAUUCACUGUUGAUUCUGGAACGGAGCCUAAGAAGAACUCUCCACCGGGAUUUAAACAGUUCGAAGACGCUAUUGGAUCAAAAGGACUAGACGACGUACAUCGUUUGACUUGUGGGAGGACAUUUUCAAACAUGAAAAGUCUCUGAAUAUUGUCUGGUAUUUAUACUACAAUCAGAAUCUAAACUUUCCGGUCACUAUAAACCAAGAAAAGCUAUCUUAUUGGCUAUGAAGCCGUCAUUUCAGUGUCAUAUCGUAUCGAAAAGAGUGUGUACUUCUCAGUGUAGUGUUUUUUUUCCCUGUAAUAAAAGUGAAACAGGCUGUAGAGUUAAUAAACUACCUUUUGCUGGGUAAAAACAAAGUAUUAAAACAGUUUUUUUAAAUUUUAAAUUCUGAAAUGUUUUUUUGAGUAAACCCCUAAUUAACGAUUGACGUCAUAAUAUUUUUAAGGGCAGUAAGAGGGCAGUCUGAUUAAAAACAUUGUUUUUUGUUUAAAUCCGCCCUUUUUUCUAAAAAAAAACAAGCCGAGAUUUCACUCGAUCAAAGAAUGACUCAAUUAGUUUGGAGUUCUUGGCUCAAUAAUUUUUUCAGAACUUUUGAAUGAUUUCUAAAAUGUUUUUAAUGUAUAAAAUUGAGGGGGGGGGGGGUAACAUUUUUGAACGAUUGGAAAAUAUUGCAUUUGGGGGUUGUUAAAAACUAAACAUGAAGUGAAUAAUUAAUUAGUAGGCAAAUACCGGAACCCUGGGAACGAAGCUGGGCUUUUUGCUAGACUCGCUUUUGGUGCAGUUUCCAAUAAAUGGUUUUUAUUUGAGUGUCAAUGUAUUUAGCACUAAAGUACUAAUUGGGGACACUAAUUUUUACGUCUCCUACUGGAGACGGGACUACCAUUUCACGUGGUCAUCCGAGUCACGCAAAGGUCUACCCGUUUGCAGGGCAAAGGAAGUAGUAUUGGGAAUCGAACCCGCGACCUGCCUCUCUGCAGUAAAGCGCUCUACCGACUGACCUAACCCUGCCGCGGUUAGAUAAAUAAAUGAAUCGAAAUGAAGUAAUGAGCUGUGAAUGCUCCCUAGCUUAUGCGAGUGUGAAUUUGAGACAGACCACCAUAUCGGGGACUACUUUACGUCGUUAUGAUCGGUGUGUGGGUUCUUUAACGUCCCCUAGAAUUUUAUCCAAGAGUUGUGAGACGAGGCCGGGGGUCUAUAGUUUAUCGUUCUUACCCGGGAACACAAGAAGGUCCAAAAGAUGUUAUUACCAAGGCAGCACUUUCUACCCAGUAUUUUAACACCCUGGGUGAUGUUUUGACCGCUCGGCAGACAGGCUCUUAUCCCAGGAGGUACUCCCUAUAAUGGCCAAAACGCGGGGGGCCUUUGCCCGAAGGGGGUACCUUUUUUUCUAUAUAGAAUAUAUAGGCCCUUUAUACGCAAAGGCAGCGAUAUUUGAAAAAUUUUUAAAUAAAUUAGCUGAUGAAGCCCAGUGAGGGCGGAGGAGGAGGAGGAGGAGAAGGAGGGCGCUAUACUUAAGAACCUGCGUGUAAGAAGCUAUUAGUUUAAAAGACCUGCUGACAAAGAUUUGCGUCUUAAAUACCUAAAAAUAUAUUUAAAAAACUGUUUAGCUAACAAAAAUCAAGCAGGCUCUUAUAUGUAGGUUACAGUUAAAUCACGAAAAAUAUUUUAAACCAAGGAGUUUGACCACAAAAUACAAGAACUUUUUUGCCAGACUUAAAAAAUGUAGGUUAUUACACGCAGGUAUUUACCGUUUAUGAUUACGGUGUGUAAUCAAGGCAUGGGCUUCUACAAAGUAGAAACGACCUUAAUACUAGGUUUACUACUAACAACCUAAAAACUUUGGCCGACUAAUAGCUUCACAAAUGAUUUAUACUAAUGAGGAUAAUCAAAAAAUUAUUUUUGGAAAGAUUGGGAGGAUGUAUUUUCCCAUGAAAAAUUAUUUCUCUUUUCGGACUUUUAUUUUAAAUCAUCCUAAAAUGUCCAAACACGGAAAUGAUGUACCCAAUAGUGUUGACAUCACAAUGCUAAAUCAUGGUAAAAGGUGUUAACGUUUCGCUGAGAUUUCUGAGCUACAAAAUAACUUUGACACGUCACGUGGCAACAUAUGAUUAUUUCGAAUUUACCAAAUCAAUAGAUAGCAUUUUUCGUUCGUUUUGAUUGGCUCCUGUAACAAGGAAUAUCCUUGGCCCUUCACUGUUUUAGGAUGGGAGUGAGUAUGACGUUCCUUUUUGCGACAGUUUCGAAUGUCGACAUUUCAGCGACAAAUUGAAGAAAGCGACGACGUUUGGCUUAUCAGUGUUUACUGGUUGGUACAAAAUUGCUUUGUUACCGAAUUUGCAACAAAAUCGUAAAAAUGCACUCGACACAUCACCGAAACACUGUCAUAUAAAAAGCAAGAAGAAAGCUCUUAUCAAGUCUUUUAUUUACAAAAAAUAAAUUCUUCAUUUUUAUCUCAACUGAAUUGAAAAGAGUGAAUGCUAAAACAACUAUCCAGGCCCUUCAAGGUCGGUGUAGAGUGCUCAGGAUAUCAUUCUACCUCUAAACAUGGCGUCUUGGUGUACAAAAAAUAGAUUUGAGUCCACGAUUUGAUUCACCAAUGAAUAAGUUAUUGCUAAACUACGAUGGUAAUAAAUAAUUCAGAUUAAAUCAAUCUCUUUGAUAAGACACAAGCAAGGUUAAUACUGAUAGGCUGGAAUCGUUCCAGUAAAAAAUCAGAGGAUUUGCGCCGAGUUUUUGGGAAAGCGUUUUCUUAAUAAAAUAAUUGUGUUUGCUUUAAUGAAUCAACGACCAGAAAAAAAUAUCAAGAGAAGAUUACAAGCUUUAGACUGAGGGUAAAGCUGUGGUGGAUCUUGAGUUGGCUCUGGCUAAUAUGGUGAGAUUGUUAUUGUAUGGGUUUACAUAAAAACAAAAAUAUGUCAGUGUGAAUUAAGAACACUAAUAAACGUGCGCGGGCGGGCAAUCUGAAAGUCAGAAUACUUGACAGUUGGAACUUAGGCGCUGUAAUUUGGCUUUACUGCAACUAAUAAAGUUGAUAAUUUGGGAUUUUGUAGUCAGAGCUAUUCCAGUUGAGGGGAUAACUUUUACAAACUACUUUAAGUAUGAUAAAUCCAGGGUAGAAAUGCUUGUUAUAAACUUCAGUAAAAAUUAAAUUUUCUCUUAAUUGUCAUGGUAUGAAGAACGCUCGAAAUCAGUAAUUUUUCUCUUUAUUUUUAUUAUAAAGCUAUUUUUUGGCUCUUUACCUUCAAUCUAGGUAUUCCAAUACAUGAAUUGCAGAGAUAGCGAAAAAUGAUAUUUUGAAAAGAGCUUAAACAUAUUCUCUAAUUGAUGGUUAUCAAACUAUUUCUAAACACUUGUUUCCUACGUGUUUGCUUUCAAGCCAGUAUUUAAAUAUGUCAGUUGGUUGGAAGGAAACAGACUUUAAAUGUAAUUGUUUUCCUGCAUUUAUUUGUGACAUCCAUAUUCCUUUGUUGCAGGAAAACCUUUCUGAAUACCACCUCGCAGGUAGGUUUUUGUCAUAGCCACGUACACACUAGUGACCAUCGAGCUUAUGGUACCACAACACUAAGCCCCUGGAAUCCACGGCAGAAGAGGCGGUUUCAGAUCAGAACGGGUACCUUGUUAUAGCUCAAUAGACCUCCUUGGCUUGUAUGCUCUGUUUUCCCAACGAAGGUUUCAGGCAAAUUUACCCCUUGGUCUUUUCACUAAUUAUGCGCGUGCAUAUACACAGGGAUAAGAAAAAAUUGACGUUCUACUCACGUUAUACACGAUAGCUUUUGUGCUGGCAUGAAAACCAUCCUGAUAGGGCUUCUAUUCACACAAAAAGAAGGUGAUUUCGGCCCAAUUUCUGUAACGGAGCGAAGCCGCGCUGCGCUGAUCUCCAAAGCGGAGAGUCACAUAUCGCUCACACUUUACACGUGUCGGCAAGAAAAGCUAACUUUAAACGAAACAGUUCUCUAGAGUAUUAUCAAUUGACCUAUAUUGGAAAACAAAACAUAUAAGGUCUAUUAAACCAAAAAGAGAUUGACUUCGUCCGGCAGAAAAAUCUUUAGCCACAAAAACUAAACAAUGUAUGGAAAAUUUGAAUUUUCUUGGAACAUAGAGCAUAGAACUUGCCAUGAACCUUGGGUUGCAUUGCUAGGUGUGACCCAAAAAAUUACAACCAAACUAUGAAUAUAAAAGUAUAUUUAAUAUUUGCUUGUAUAUGCAAUGACGUUUUGAUGUUUUGAUCCAGUUUUCAAUGGUUACUUAUUCAUGUAAUAACCCACAAAACGAUAAAACACACCAGUAAGUGGAUGUUUAAUUCUACCUGAACUAAAGGGAAAGUCAUUUAAAAGUUAGAUUAUCUUUUGAAGAUAACAAUAACAACAACAACAGUUUCAACCACUUUGAAGGCCUAUCCCCCAUUUCUUCUACAUAAAUGUUUUCAAAAAACAAAAAAGGUACACAUAAAACUGUAAAUACCCCCCAUGCCAAACAAAAAUUCAAAUGACGGCUGAGACUUUAAAAAAUAUUUUUUCGAUACGUUUUGCGAUGUUUUGUCCUUUUCAUAUCACCUUAAAAGCAAUUAGCUUAUAAUUAGGCAGCCUGUAGGUAUUUAACCAAAACAGCGGGGAUGAUCAAUAAUGUUUUCUAAGAGAGCAGAAUUUCUUUUUUGUCAGAGAUAAGCAGUGAGGCUUUUUCCUUAAUGGAUAUAAGAGAGUCUCAUCGUUUGUAUUUCCAAAAUUAUCAACUUAUAAACGUCUCUAAAGUGCUCACGGUCUUCGCGGAUCGGAUCAAGUUCUUCCUUUACCAAGUACUAAGUGAGUAAUUAGCUUGAAAAUGUUUUGAAAUCUAUUUAAGAAAUACUACAUACAUUAUAAAGUACCAGAUGUUUAAUUAAAAUACAAUGUCUUAUCACUUAGACUAAAACAUAAAUUUCAACGAAAAAAUAUAUAAAUCUUACCGUACUACUAAUAUAAGGAAACAUACGAGUUACUGUAUUGGUUUCUUAUUCUGGCAUCCUUUUUUUUUGUAUAAAGCAUGUUUUGUUUAUCAGGCUGAAUUAGUUCUUAUCAUAUUUGCUUUACUGUCUAACUUUCAGCCUGAUGUUCUUAAUCCACUUGUUCUUAAAUGCGGGUGUUUACUGUAUUACUAGGAUCUGCUAUUCUCGUUGACCUAAAUUUUUCAAGUUUCAAAAAGUUGACCCAACUUUUUCAAGUUUCAAUCGAUGUCAUUCCUUUCCAUCUGUAUCGACAGACCACUUGAAUAUAGCCUUAAAUAAGAAAACUGUACCAUUAUCUUUGGAAUUUAAGUAUGCGAAGACACGUCGUAGCUUUUAAAAAAGAUAGCAAAUAGCCACGACAUAGCCCCGCCUUUAAACGUCCACUCUGUUUGGACCGUGUUUAGUACCUGCAUUUUCCCUCACAAUUAAUUUAGAAGCGACACAACAGUUUUAAGAGGCGAAUUUUAUGAUGACUACCGCCAGUUCUAACGACACCUAAUUUGUACAUAUGAAAUGCGACCCGUCAAUGUUAAGCUUUUUUUACAGAUUACUGGGAUGCUUUUCAAUACUUCGACAAGGACAACAGUGGAUUUAUUACAACCAAAGAGCUGGGGAACCUUAUGAGGUCACUCGGAGAGAACCCCACAGAAAAUGAGCUCCAGUCAAUCAUUAACGUGGUGGAUAUGGAUGGUAAGGUGUAAACGCAUCCGUAAAGAUUCCUCUUAUAACAACACACCCAUCAGGAUUUCAAAGCGCGCGCGUGGUCAUUUGAAAAUGACCCGCAGACACAGUGGGAGUGAAUUGUAAGGACUACAGUAACUAUGUAUAGCAUUUGAUACAAUGUGGCAAAUAUUACGCGCGCUAUAAUUGGUCGUUGCCCAUGCGUCUAUCAGAGUUCAUACACAUGGAUGACGUCACGGAAAUUGGGGUUCAAAGAUGGCAAGCUUUAUAAGAAGACGAUUACGGUAUUAUUAAAAUAACUAUGCGUAGCAAGACAUGGGUUUACGUAACCAAACCUCGUUUCAGGUAUUGCCGAUUUUUAAGAAAGUUCUUAACUUUUUUACUUAAUAUCUCAACAGAAAAUGGCGUAAUGGAUUUCCAAGAGUUCGUCCAACUCAUGUCGAAAAAGAACCAGUAUGGACUGGACGCAACCGAAGCGAAGGAAGCUUUUCGGAUUUUCGAUAGAGACGACCGCGGCUACGUGCUCACUUCAGAACUUCGGCAGGCUUUCAGAAGUUUGGAGGAAGACAUUCCCGAGAGCGAGCUUGAUGAAAUUUUAGAAGAUAAGUAUCAAUCAGGGAACAGGAAAAUAUCAUUUGAAGGUACUGGAUUUUAUAGCAACAGACUGAACAAAAUAUGCUAUGGUCAAAGAAAGGCGUUUUACUAA